CAGACGCGCUCGCGAAGCGCGCGCUUGUCGCGUCUCGUCACGAACGUCAGAUCUCUCUAUGUUGCUGGCGACGCGAAAUCGAAUCGACGAUCUUAUGACAGAAAAGUUUGGCACCUCGCGACCUCGACCACGUGCGCGGGACCGGUGCGCCGCUUAUUGCGCGCAAAUAUUAAAAGUUUUCGACCCGGCGGUUUUGGAAAUCGAUCUUCGAGUGAUACUCGCUCGAGAAUUAUCGAAGAUGAUGAGGUGUAAUUUCGCCAAGCGUUUUUCAAUUUUAUUGUAUUCUUAAUUUUCGAAAAAAAAAAAAGAAAAUUGAACGCGAACUUGCGGACGAUCGCAAAUGUACAAAAUAUCUUUCCUCGAACAAGUGUUUCUUAAUUUUUUCUUAUUAUCUUUAUUGGCGCAAAGUUCGCGAAGCAAUAUUGUACGCGAUAUCUUCGAUUCGCGGCGCGAAAUCAAUUGUUGCUCCUAUCGACAGAGAGACCGAUAGCGCGUUCGGACGUGGCGAAGACCAAUCUUGUAUCGUUCUCGUGACGCGAGUGUACUUGGUUCGCGAAACGUCCCGCGUGCGUCAAUAUUUACAAGUUCGAAAGUCCUCCCCGUAAGUGACGCAAACACGAUCGCGUUUCGCACCGUAAGACGCUGUCCGAUCGUGCGACCGGACGCUUUUUGUUCGGCAUCGUCGCGCGAUCAUUGCACAGGCUGGUUUGUGUUUGCACAGUGACUGGACGAUAUUUUCAUCGCCUUUAUCUCGCUCUUGCGAAUGUUUUCGCGCUACGAAUAAUCACCGCGAAAGUUAUCGAGUCACGUGACGUCGUCGCUGCACUUUUCGCGCAUUUUCUUGGUGCCCGAGUGGACGCGUCGUCGAUUUAAAUCGCGAGAUUCGUUCGACUUCGGUUUUUAUACGCGCGUUGCGGUCGAAGACGGAGUGAAGAGACUUUACGUGUAUAAAUUUGAAUUUUACGAUACAUUAAAUACACACGCAAGUGACAAGGCCAUCACAGAGAGCAGCGCGGUCUUAUCGAUGCGAUAAAUUCGACGUAAAGUUGCUUGACGAAUUCACUAGCUGUGAAGACGCAAAAGUGAGACUCCCGCGGCCGGUUCAAGCACGCGAGUACACAGUUUGAUAAUUCGUUUUAUAUAAAAAAAAAAAAAAAAAAAAAAUAAUAACAUCCGCUGAUUUCGUUUGCCAAAGAGAGAGAGAGAGAAAGAGAAAGAGAAAUUUUUAUUUCAAGAUAAAUCUAUCUCAAAUUUUGCACAUUACGUAAUCGAGGUUUUUGAACUUGCAAUUCUUCCGCGAGAAGUGGAACGUCGAAAUUACUGAGGUAGCACACCGAGUAUUGGCAAACGACGCCGGGGCGCCGUGUGUUUGAAGUGAAGCGUGUCAUCGAUGAAUUUCCGUCGCUGCGAGGAGAGAAAACCAGGAAGAAGGAGAUUGACUGUCUUCGAUAGCCAGUCGUGGAACACUAAGUGCUAAAUUUCAACGUGAAGUUUUUACCUGAAAUUUUUCUCCUCUCCCAUCUAUAUCUCCCUUCUUCACCUCGUCGCUGAAGUUUUUUCCGAGACGAUCUUUCGUAGGUAAUUGAAAAAGUUUUCCCAAGUUAGUCGCUCUCGUCCCUCACGAGACAGGAGGUCAAGAUGGCAUCGUCCAGCCGAGGAAACGAGGAGUACGGACGAGGAGUACUGGGAUACCAGAACACCUUGAUGUAUGGUCGUUAUACGAAAGAUCUGGGUGAAUACGCGAAGGAAGAGGCACGGAGACUUAAGUAUCAAGAGAAAGCGAGACGAAAGUAUGACAGGACCGAGGAUCUGCGAAAGUCCAGACGAGGUCCUUUGUGUCGAAAAAUCCUGGCCUUCCUGGCUUUUCUGUGGAAACACACGGGCGCGCGACUCGGCGAGGACUGGGUCUUCCUGGCGCUUCUCGGCAUUAUCAUGGCUCUCAUCAGUUAUUCCAUGGAUCGCGGUAUCUCUAUGUGCAAUAACGCCAGGAUAUGGUUGUACCAGGAUCUCACGACGCAACCGGCUCUCAAGUAUCUGGCCUGGGUGUCCAUGCCCGUGUGUCUCAUUCUCUUUUCCGCCGGUUUUGUUCACAUUGUCGCGCCGCAAAGCAUCGGAUCAGGCAUCCCGGAAAUGAAGACAAUCCUACGCGGCGUCGCGUUGAAGGAGUAUCUGACUUUCCGCACUUUGAUAGCCAAGGUGAUCGGUUUGACAGCGACUUUGGGUUCUGGACUGCCUCUCGGAAAGGAAGGUCCGUUCGUGCACAUAGCUAGCAUCGUCGCGACGCUUCUCUCCAAGCUGACGAGCUUUCAGGGCAUUUACGAGAACGAAAGCAGAAACUGCGAGAUGCUGGCCGCGGCAUGCGCCGUGGGGGUUGCCUCGUGUUUCGCGGCGCCGAUCGGCGGCGUUCUUUUCAGCAUCGAGGUUACCACGGUGUAUUUUGCCGUCAGGAAUUACUGGCGCGGUUUCUUCACGGCGGUGUGUGGCGCCACGAUGUUUCGCCUGUUGGCGAUCUGGUUUCAGCGCGAGGAAACGAUCACGGCGAUGUUCGCCACCAAUUUCACCAUGGACUUUCCGUUCGAUCCGCAGGAACUCUUCGUUUUUGCCCUGAUCGGCGUCGGCAGCGGGCUGCUCGGAGCUUUUUACGUCUGGCUGCAUCGUCAGUACGUUAUCUUUAUGCGUAAGAACAAGAGCAUGAACACCUUUCUGCAGAAGAACCGCUUCCUCUACCCGGGCAUCGUGUCUCUCUUGGUCUCGUCGGUGUCGUUUCCACUUGGACUCGGUCAGUUUAUGGCCGGCGAUCUGAACACGCACGAUCAGGUUUACGGACUUUUCACAAAUUUCACCUGGACGAGGGAAAAUCUCGGUGCCGAGGAAAUGAAUAUCGUUAAGCACUGGGCGACCCCGUACACCGACGUCUUCAGCGGGCUCUUGAGUUUCGUUUUCGUUAAUUUCAUCUUCUCUAUCAUAUCUUCCACCAUUCCUACUCCGUCCGGAAUUUUCAUCCCUGUUUUUAAAAUUGGCGCUGCUCUAGGAAGAGCAGUAGGAGAGGCCAUGGCUCUCUGGUUUCCCACCGGUGUGCGCUAUGGCGGGAUAAUUACUCCUAUUAUACCGGGUGGAUACGCCACCGUUGGCGCGGCUGCAUUUUCCGGCGCUGUGACACACACGAUUUCCGUCAGCGUAAUUAUCUUCGAAAUGACCGGCCAGAUCACGCAUAUUGUUCCAAUAAUGAUUGCGGUUUUAAUCAGUAACGCGAUCGCGGCGCUUUUGCAGCCCAGUAUAUACGACAGCAUUAUCCUCAUCAAGAAGUUGCCGUACUUGCCCGACCUGCUGCCAUCUAGUUCAGGAAUGUACAACGUCUACGUGGAAGAUUUCAUGGUUCGCGACGUGAAGUACAUAUGGCACGGCAUCACCUAUGAGAAGCUGAAGGAGAUCCUGAAGGAGAAUCGUAAAUUGCGCGGAUUUCCGCUGGUCGACAAUCCGGACUGCAUGAUUCUGCUUGGAUCGAUACAAAGACUCGAAUUAAUCAAACUCAUCGAGAAGCAUAUCGGUCGUGAGAGAAGGCUUCAGGUCGCGCAAAAGUGGCACAAGGAGGCGGAGGAGAGGGCGCGUGAAGAAAUGGAACGGCAGUUGCGAGAACAAGAGAGAACGAGAAGACCGUCCAGGUUCGAGGUCAUUCCGGCACCGGACAUUCUCAAAAUGCAGCGACAGAGUGUUAACGAUCUGAGCAUGUCACCGAGCGGCGAUCAUCACAUUUAUCAUUCGCCAGUGUUCGGCUCGCAACCGAAGAAGUCGAUCUUGAAGAAGACGAAUUCCUUCACAUUGAAGGGAUUCAGUCCGUUAGUCAGUCCGGCUGUAACACCCUACACGACCGUUACAGGCGCGGAGAGCAGAAUACGUCUGGCGUUCGAGGCGAUCUUCCGCAAAUCGGCCACGUUGCAAGACGUGGAUCCUGAUCCGGAGCUGGGAUCAGGCACAAGACGCGACAGUCAGGAAGCUAUGAACGUGCCACCUCACACGCCCAUGUUAGCGCCCAGUCCGGCGACGUCGAAGAAAGUGCAAUUGCCUCGAGAAAGAGUAAUAGACAUGUCGGCGGAAGAUCAAAAGAGAUGGGAGGAGAGCGAAAUGGCGCUCGAGGUAGACUUUUCGAGAUGUCACAUCGAUCCGGCGCCCUUCCAGCUGGUCGAGAGAACGUCCCUGCUGAAGGUUCACAGUCUCUUCAGCAUGGUCGGUGUGAAUCACGCUUACGUAACGGCGAUCGGCAGACUGGUCGGUGUCGUCGCGUUGAAAGAAUUGAGGAAAGCCAUCGAGGACGCGAACGCUGGGAUUUUACCGAUGCAUUCCGAGUCGCACAUCGCCGCGUCGAUUUCUAGUCUAGCAAAAAGCGAAACGGACACGGAGAGCAACAAGAACGUCAACGCGAUAAACUCCAUAGGCGCAAUAAGUUCCAUGGAGAACGAGAAGACGGACAACGUCUGAGGAAGAAGCGUCGAGCCGAGACGAGCGAAACUUUACAUUGUGAUAGCCGCAUCGCGACGACCGACACGCGAUGUGACCUAGAUAAAAGCUGCGAGAGCCGUGUUUUAGCGAUUUUAUUCCUCCCUUUUCCUUUCGCGAUUGUUUUGUGCGGGACUCGGACGGGAUACGUUGUACACAUACGACGCGACGCCAACUCUCAAACACUUCUCUCGUACUUAAAAAAAAAAAACCUAAGAUGAAAAAAUGUCGAAAGUUCCGAGAAGAAACGCGUGCAUGAGGUUUAGUAUUAAGCAAAGCGAAGAAAUUUUUGGAAUUUUUCUAUUUUAUAUUUCCAACGCGUAAUGUAAUAUUAAGUGAUUUCUUUCAGGCAUGUUGCGCGCGCCUCUCAACUUGCGCGAAACAC